CUACCUUCUGGACCAAAAUAUCAUCAUGCUCUGGCCAAGGCUCUCUCAUUUCACAUCCACACGGGCGACCAGACAUGCCAGGAAAAUCUCAUCAGCCCCGUCUGCAAAAGACAAGUUCAAAAUCCUUUUCCUUGGCCGCGAAGAGUUCUCGUGCAUCGUACUGAAGGAGCUAUUCGCUGCAGAAGAUGUUUGGGCGUCGCUAGAUAUCGCUACGAAUCCCGAUGAAAAUAUAGGACGACGGGGCUCGAAACUUUCUAUUUCACCCCUCAAAACACUAGGUGAAUCUUUGGAGAUACCGGUACAUCUCAUUCCACGUGAAAAGAUCGAUUUCAGACACUGGACGCCACCAGCACCAUUUUCUGAGAGCGUAUCACCCAAUAAUUUAGUCGUCACAGCUUCUUUUGGGCGUAUUCUCUCUUCACAUUUCCUAGACCUAUUUGCUCCGACGAGGAGACUGAACGUCCAUCCUUCCCUUCUUCCAAAAUACCGUGGACCUGCACCUAUACAACACGCGAUUUUGAGUGGAGACUCGGCGACUGGUGUUUCUAUCAUUAGUAUGCUGAAGAGGAAGGAAGGAAUAGAUGCUGGUGACGUGUGGGGGUCAAAAAAGAUGGCUGUUGCAUCAAACGCGACGUACCUAGAUUUACAAAAUUCGUUGGCCCUACAAGGAGGCAAACUGUUGGUAUCCGUACUACGGGAUAUGAUAUCAGGAACCGCAAAAGCAUCUCCCCAGGUAGGAGAGGUGUCCCAUGCACCGCUGAUCACGUACGACGACUCUAUUGUUGAUUUUACCACCAUGUCCGCUGAGUCCAUCGUUCGACGGUAUCGAGCUAUCGGACAUCAGCGUCCUAUCACCGUGUAUGCGCUUGAUGGAUGCACCAUCCAACUUGGUUCCCCGUCGGUGGAAUCUCAGCCGCCAUCAUUCGUUCGGGACGAGCCAGGAGUGUCGUGUCUAUACCGGUCUAAAAGGUCGGUACUGGUUCGUUGUGUAGAUGGGUCUGUCCUGUCUAUACCGAACAUGAAACCUGAGGCGAGCCAUUGGGGGACUGGCAAGGAUUGGUGGAACGGAGUCAAAGGCAUGAAUUUUGUCAAGAAUGGCACCUACAGGUUCAUCAAUAAGCGCUAUUUGGAGCCUUAAGCUCAGCCACUAUGCUCUUCUGGAUGUCUAACAUGUGGAAAGAUCACCACUUUUCCAGCAUGCUUCUCCGGAACGAUUGGCCUAAAACCUCUCAAAUAAUCUAUUCAGUACCUUUGC